AUGAGCUACACUUUGACGAUUUUGGGCUGCGGUGUAAUGGGCCAGGCUCUUUUGUCUGCCAUCUACAAUGCACCAGCUGCGACCGACGAGACCAAAAGUCUGUAUCCCUCCAAGAUCAUCACCUGCAACCAUAACCAGGAGUCGACCAACGAGGUGAAAUCGCUUUUGAAGAGUUUCGGUGCCAGUCCCAACGGCAUCGAGGUCGAGUGCACUUUCGACGACAACGAGAGGGCCGUGAACGAGGCCAGUGUGGUUCUACUGGCCACCAAACCAUUUUUGGCUCAGCAGGUGCUCAGCAGCGUCAACGCCAAGGCCAAGCUGCUCAUCUCGCUUGUCGCAGGCUGGACCAUCGAGCAAUUGGGAGAGCACUCCGACUUCGUUACCAGAAUCAUGACCAACACGCCCGCCAAGUUCGGCUACGGGAUGGCCGUUUUGUCGCACUCCUCGAGCGUUUCGGCCCACAACAAGGCCCUGGUCAAGGAAUUGGUCGGCCGUGUCGGAAGCUGCAUCGAGCUUCCCGAGAAGAACAUGGACGCCGCGACCGCUCUGGUCGGCUCAGGUCCCGCUUUCGCCUUGCUCAUGAUCGAGUCUCUUAUGGAAAGUGGUGUGAAAAUGGGUAUUCCUUUGAAGGAAAGCAGAGAGUGUGCCAUCAAGGUUUUGGAAGGUACCGCCAAAAUGGUCGAAAAGACUGGCGAGCACCCAAGUGUUCUCAAGCACCAAGUGUGCACUCCAGGUGGCACUACCAUUGCUGGUUUGUGUGUAAUGGAAGAGAAAGGUGUCAGAAGCGGAAUCAUCAAGGGUGUCGAAGAGGCUGCUGCCGUCGCUUCCCGUUUGGGCAAGAAAUAA